AUGUAUUAUUAUAGAAUGGAAGUAAUCAGGCUCCUAAUUGUUUUAAUUCUUUUCAAGGGGGCUUUUGGCAAACUCACCAACCAUUCAUCGCAGGAUAUUUUGCAGUCUAAUGAAACCGGGAAAAGAGAAACUGUAACGGUCAAGGAGAGUAAUUCAGAGGAAAGAUGUGAGUUAGAUAAUGAACGCACUAUAGAUUGGCAGUUUAAGAAUUACAUGGAUAAAUUUGCCAAUUCUGAAUCUGGUAAAUUUCUCAAGGAUUUGAUUUCAAAGGACUCGGUCUCCAAACUAUCAACACCAAUCAGCAAUUUACUUGAAAGCGUUGAUAAGGGACAUGUCGAGAGACUUAAUCAGAUCCCAAAAGAGCCUUACGACAAGACUUGGAACCUAGUAAGCCUGGGUGUUUCUGGCUUAUAUGCUAUCGUUUUGGGUUAUUUUACUGUUUUCAGUCCACUUUCCAGCUACACUACCAUGGCUAUAAGUUCUUUCGUCUUGUGUUCAAUUGUUGUUGGACUUUGCCAUGACCUAGUUCCUCUAUGGAUGGCAGCCUUAGUUAGUGUUAUAGGAGAUAUUGUGGUUUUCAUCCUACUAACCUUCCUCGAUAAUGUAAAAAGAAGACAAAUUAGUGUUCUUUCAAUUUGCAUGGUAUUUUCUAAAAUGGUCUAUGAUGUACAUGCUGUAAUUCCAGUUGAAUAUAUUAGUCCUUCAUUUAGUGGAAUUUCUGGAAUCAUAGUCAACUUUGUUUUCCGAUCAAAUAGCUUCAUUUUUCUAAGGCUUACUUACUUAUUUUGCCUAAUUCUCAUCACUUGCACUCUUUUCAUUAGGCUUCCAACUUAUGUUGCUGGAGAACCAAUGGAAUUGGAGGAAAUUGAUUCCGGAGCAACAAUCAUGAAAAAACUAAUUUGCUUCGUUUCAUCUCUUCCUGCUGCUGGGUUCUGUACUCAGGUUUAUUCAGGGUUAAGAAAAACUCCCAAUCCACUAGGCCCAUUUACGUUUUUUAUUAUCCCAACCAAAUUCAGGCUAAAUGAACUGGAAUCUUACAUGAGCGUUACAUUUUGGGCAAUUUUUGGCGUUGUUUAUUACAACUUAAUUAAAAAUUCGACAGAAAACAACUUAACUACUCAUCCCAAAAAGAGAAGAUCAUGGAGAGCUUAUACCAGAACGAUUUCUAGAAUAUAG